GGUACUCGAAAUAAUUGUGAAAUUUGAAUUUGAAAAAUAAUUCUUACAUAAUAAGUGCGACAGAUUAUCUCAUUGCUUUAUCUACAACUACAUAUAAAGACACUCUACAUUUCUUUCUUUCUCUACAGCAACUAAUUACAUAAAAACUCACUCUCCAUUUUUUUCUUGCAAAACCACCAAAAGUGACUGCUCAUCCACACCUCAAAAACUAACCAACCCACUUUGAUUCUUUUUUGGGAUGCCUUUUUCUUCUUCCUUUUAUAUACCUUUCUAGCCCUCUUCACUUCUUCUGUGUUUGUUGAUUCUCCAAAUUUUACCUCAAGAACUGUUAAUUUCUAGCAACAUAAAUUAAAGUUUAUCAUAGUUCCUCAAGGCGGCUAUGGAUGAAUCAGGAGGUGGCGCAACGUCCGGCGAUGAGGCUAGAACUUGCCCUAGAGGACAUUGGAGGCCUGCAGAGGAUGAGAGAUUAAGGCAGCUUGUUGAACAAUAUGGUCCUCAGAAUUGGAAUUCCAUUGCUGAAAAACUUCAAGGAAGAUCAGGGAAGAGUUGCAGGUUGAGAUGGUUUAAUCAACUUGAUCCAAGAAUUAAUAGAAGACCUUUUACUGAAGAAGAAGAAGAAAGACUACUUAGGGCUCAUGAAAUUCAUGGAAAUAAAUGGGCACUUAUAUCUAGGUUAUUCCCAGGUAGAACUGAUAAUGCUGUGAAGAAUCAUUGGCAUGUUAUAAUGGCUAGGAAGCAAAGGGAACAAUCCAAGGUUUGUGGCAAAAGAGGUUAUAAUAACCAUGAUCAACAACAUCAUGGUCACGAAAUUCGACGAAAAAUCGCUAAGAACAUCAACAAUGAAGAUUAUGGUACUAAAUUAAGCUUUGAGGAUCCCAUGAUCAAUAGGAUUUUUUCAGUCUCCACAAGUACUAGUUCAUCAUCUCCAACCUGGGGUUUUAUGAGACCGGGUUUUUCGGACAAAAGCAACUCAGUUUCAGUUGAUUUAUGGGGGAGAAAAUGCAUGACGGCUGACCAGUUUCGCCAUUCUUACAUAAAUCCACCAUUAAUGUUUGGUGGAAAUGGAAAUUUAGGGUUGGCAUUGGAUUUUCGGGGCUGCAAAAGGGCAGGUUUAAGCCCUAAUUUUCGAUUCGCCGGACAUAGUAUCCAUGAAAACGAAGUCAAGGAGAAGUUUAAGGCCACCAUUGUUGUUGAUCAGCAACAACAUCAAGUAGAUGAAUCCAUGGACAAGAAAGAUAUUCCACUCAUUGAUUUUCUUGGUGUGGGAAUCUCUUGAUCAAUUAAUUAGCCAGUAUCAAUUUUGGUUAGUGUUUUUUUCUCCCUCCUUAGAUUUUUGGUUUUGCAAAAUUGGUGGUUCACAUAUUGCAUUUUCUAAGGAAAAUGUAGAUUUAGAUGUUUAAGUUAAAAUUUAUUAUAUUUAGGUUAGUUAGUAACUAUACAUAUCUUUUUUUCUUCUUAGAAAAAAGAAAAAAAAGGCUUGUUGAACCAUGAAUUGGUGGUGGUAUAUUAUUCUCGUGGAUUGAUUUUAGUGACAAGAAAGUUUAGAGUAGUUUGGUUAAGGUUUUGUGUUGUUAUUAAGCAAUGUAAUAUUCUUGCAAAUGCUUGUUUUCAAGUUAGAGAUAUGUAAGAAGUUUUAAGUUACGUGAUUGGGAGAUUUUUUAAUUUGAAGUUGAUUA